GUUUAAUCGUUAAUCUAAAUUUGUCCAUCUUCAUUCGUGUCGUGAGGAACUUGUUUGUUGUUUUGUACGUACUUUGAAAACAAUUGGUACCUAAAACACAGGAUUAUUACUAAUCAUCAUGCGAAACGAUCCAAAGUAGUACAGCUACAGUGCCAAGAGUUGCGCUUUACCACCAAUCUUCUCGUGUUGUUUUUGUGUUCGUAUUAACCAAAUAAUUUACUUCAAUGUUUUGGGAUCAUGUUUAUCGCAACAGACACAUCCUGCAAGAAUUUGAGGACAUAGAAGUUCACAAAACUAGUGUUUCUGUGUUUGUAGCGCUAUUUUAUUUAGAAAUGCUGUAUAUUCUCAUCAUGACUCUGUCCAUUCUCAAUAGGUUAAAUCAGAACUUUACUUCGUAAAUCUCGCCUGCAGGGUUAUAGAAACUAAGAAUUACUUUGUAAAAGAUUUUGGAAGAAGUCUUAAGUCAUUACUAUUAGGAGGAAUUAAAGGAGAAAAGUUACAUACUUACUUGCUAAAUUGAGAACUACCAGUUCUUAAUUUAAUCAAUAAUUAUCUUCGGAUAUGGCUGUAGAAAUCUGUGCUGCAAGGAGGUUUUAUUUAUCAAAAGAAAAAAAUAUAGCUGUGGAUAUGCAGGAAGAGAUCCCACCUUACGUCAUUGAUGGUGUCAGAUUUCUCUACAAACAAUUUAUCAAGGUUAAACCUGGCGUGGUUAUCAAUGACCCCCCGGACUAUGGCCAAGAAACUCAAGUGACGUUGUUCCUGAAAGCAAUAUAUAAAGGGUUGGACCUUCACCUCAAAAAUGUCCUGAUUCUCUGUAGGCCCGAUGAAGUAUCAGUGUGGGAGGAAUGCUUGGCAAAGUGGUUGCCAAAUUUUGAUGAACUAGUGGCCGUCGGCUGGCCCAAGCCAUGUUCUACCAAGUCGAUCUUCGUCACGACUACGGACAGACUAGAGAGCUACUGCCGCCGGGACUGGGGCAUCGCCGUAGUGGCCGACGACUCCUUUCUGGAGUACAAACUGCCACCCUUCAAAAUACAUUAUAAAAUCUACAUAUAUCUCCACGAUUUGCAUGUGAAUCUACAAAAAUUCUCACUGAUACAUAAAUGGAUCUAUCCAGAUAUAAAAUUAUGUUUAGACCAAUUCAGACCAAAAAAUCAGAAAAUUAAUGAAAUAGUUGAGAAACGAACACUAUUUGAUGCGUUCGUUCAAAACAUUCGUACUAAAAGUGUCAGUUGGAAACUAAAAAAGAUUGCAUAUGCUCCCUCAGAAGAAACAAUUAUGGAACACAAAGGAACAACUAGGAAGAAUAAAGACGCCACCGGGACCAAAAUCAAACGCACAAAGAGAAAAGUGGAAGAUGACAAUACAAACAAGACUAAAAAGAAAGUUGUAGUCAUCAAUUUUGAAGAUACGAAUUCUAAAUUAGAUUUAAGUAAUGUUAAUAAUGGCGAAGACCAAAAUUUGGACGUCGAAACUUUUAUAAGAGAACAAGAACCUGUGAAAUUGGAAGAUUUAGAUUUUAUACCAGAUGAUUUUCAGGAUAUAUGUGAAAAAAUGGACGCCACUGAGGAAACAACUGGUAUAGACGAAUCAGACGAUGAAAAUACGAAUGAUAUGAAAUUAAUUUAUUCUGAUAACUUGUUUAAUACAGAAGAUGGUGUGUAUUCGCUUGAAACACUGCCAGAUAAUGGUUUAGAAGGUGAAGUUUUAGAGUUUAAAGAAAAUGGAAGAAAUUUAAAUACUGUUGUUGAAACGAGCACUGAAAUGGAAAAAGCAGACUGUGAUGACAAAUCUCUGAAAGCGGAAAGUGAAUUGAAAACCGAUAAAUUAGAGUUAGAAAAAGCUGAAAUUAAAAAAGAAUUAGAGCCCAGUGAUGGGGUUAAGGAGGAUGUUAAAGAAAUUGAAAAGGUUGAAAUAAAACCUGAUGAUUUAGAUUCCAAAUGGGAGGAGAUGGCUUUAAAGAAAUUUAAAGGAUCUUUAUUAGAUAGGAUAUUUUAGAAUAUGUGGUGAUAGAUACUAAUUGAUAAGAAUAGUUGAUGCUUUGGCAUUUUGGGAAAAUUUUACCUUUGCUUAAAUAGUUAAGCAAAGGUAUUUUACCAAUUUGUACUAUCAAUAGAAACAAUGUUCUCGCCGAUUUUGUACCUCGAUUGUGAUAUGAAAACGACGAAAAAGUUUAGUAUCAUGUCCAUAAGAGCCAAGCACUUCUCAGUGGUUGCAAAUUGAACGUUAAUUUUUCACAUACAUUUUGUAUUCGCCCGAAGAACUUUUUUCCGCUUUCUUUCAUUUUAAAGGGCUGGUUACCCUUUUUUAUUUUUGAGUAUUUAUUAAUUUUAUUUAAACUUUAUUAAAGUCCGUAAAUGCAUUGAUGUAUGUAUGUAUGUAUGAUAAUAUAUCGUGCAACCCUUGCCUGAGCUAAUGAUAAUUCGAUAAAUCCUAUAGUUUUUUCAGGAAAGGAAGUUUUUGGCAGGAAAUUCUAAAGCCUUUUACUUUCAGUAUCAGACAUAUAAGAAUAUAAUCGCAACAUUUUAGUUAUAUUUAAUAUAUCAGAUCAAUAAUGCAACUUUAUAGGAAUGUAUUUGAUUGGUUAAAAGACACUAACGAAGUCGAAACCAACCAAUUACAUCGCUUUAUUAUAUGACAUCGUAUCCCGAUUCGUCAAUAUUGGAUUUUGUUAAAUAAUAAAUAAAACAUUAUAAGACUGUUACAUGUCAUCAAUUUAUUUUCAUUUCAUACAUUUUUGUAUAAUUUGUAAAAUAAUAAAAUAUUUGUAUAAAUAAAAAGAACGGAAUGCAAGUUAACCUGUAUUUGGAGCAGAAAAAAUUAAAAUUAUUUUAUCCCGUCGUUGUGAAGUCGAUAAAAUCGAUUACUUAAAGAUAUAUGUCCAUCAUAAAUAGUAAUUUUAUUUAUAUAGAAACUAUGUGACCACAGGUAUUGGGGGUCAAAUCAUCAAAAAUGAAUGUGCCAAUAUUCUUUAUAUAAAUUUAAACACUAAAUGUUAAAAAAAACAAGGAAACAAUUGACCCCCCCUGGCCUCUCACGGAUGUGAUAUCACAGAUCUAACCCUUCAUGAUAAAUACUUGUAAAAUAUGAUUUUCAUUAAAAAAAAUAAAGCAUCAAACAUUUAAAAACUUAUUUUUUAAUUCACAAAAUUAUAUUUUGUUUAAGUUGUAUAAAGUAAGUACUCUUAUUAUGUGGU